GGUUCAUAUUAGCUUUCGCAGCCAUGAUAAUGAUUCGUGGACUGCGAAGCAAUGUCGCAAUCUGAAGUGAGGCCACUUACCCGUGUUGCCUUUCUUAUUGACAACUACCAGUAUACCAAACAUGGGUGCAACUUCUGGAAGACCCUUCCUGCUGGCCAUGUUAUGACCAAACGAGCAUGCAAGCUCCUAGAUAAGAUGAGCUUUGAAUGUGGCUUGGCAAGGAAAAAUGCUACGGGGGAGGAUUUGAGACUGCUGCCGAAACAGAUUGCGAGCCGUCUCCGUUCAACCCAUGGAGCUUUGGCCUUGAUGGCUUAUGGCGGUCACGCAAUGAUGUACAACGGGAGGUUGUAUUUUAUUCCCACAGAUCAUGCAAGUGAUUUGCCUGAACCAGGCCAAUGGUUCUUGGCUGCCGUGCUGUUGAUGUUGCUUCCCAGUGCUUGUAUGGCCUUUGGCUGGCAUGGGCUGUUGAAUCUGACGAACGAGGUGGGCAUUGUUUUGAUGAUUGGAUCGCUUGGUUGGAUUGCCUUGGCACGCUGGUUCUUGAAUAUGACAUGGAGCAUUUUGACCUCACAUCCGCUUUCCAAUGCCGUUUGCCUUGAUCAAAUAAAGGCUGAGCUGGCCAACAUGCAUGAAACGCACGGUGCCUCUCAUGCCAUUCUUCUUUGGUUGUUGGAUUGCUGCCGCGAUUUCGGACAUUUGUCUUUGUGGCAUCGUUUUCUGCUGCGCUUUGCGCCCGACAAGCCAGUGGCAAUCAGGAUAUCCCACAAGAACAGCCGACCAAACUUCUUCAAAGUCUUUGCUUGUGAGGAGGGGCGUGCUGCCAUUGGAUGGCCGCACGGGUUCCUGACAGAAGCUUUUGUGGCUGCCCUCGGCAAUCUAAGAUGUGGUGGCACGCUGGAUGAGCUUCUUACACUACUGGAUGAGAACAUUCGAACUUUGUGCAGUCCUGGUUUGCAGAAGGUUUGCAUAUAUAGCACCUCAUACCGGCUUGCAAAGCAAAUUGUUUUCUGGGAUCAACAUGCGGAUGCAGCAUUUGAUGUUGGGCCAACCUUAUUGACAAUGAGGAAAGGCCACCUUUCGACCUUGAAGCCUCCAGAGUGGCAAUUGUUUCACAAACAUCGCUGUGGCAGUCCCAAAGAACGCAAGCAGAUCCUGGCAUUGCCUUCUUUGUCGGAUGACCUUCGUGCGAUGUUGCUGUUGCGAAUCUUGGCAGAGAAGAGAUCAGGACGAGGGUCUCGGAGCUUCCUGAGCACGACAGACAGCUGCAAAGCAAUUAGGCGGCAAGGCUUGCGGCCCUGCAAUGUCAAAUUGCUUGUGUGCCAGCUGAACCUGAUGCAGGCCAAGUUCUUAUGUGACAAAAGCAUCGCUGUCUUGGGCCGUGCCAUCAUGGCAACACCUGGGAUGAACGAAAACUGCAUGGAAUCUGUCGAUCGCAAAAUGGGGCGCGUAGAACAGUUGUUGGCCAGAGUGAUUUGCACACUUGACCAACAUGCCACAAACGCCUAUUUGCGUGGCAAGGUGGAAGAAGUCAUUGCUGGAAGUAUAGUGGUUGAGAUUUUCAAGCAACUGCGGACUUUCAGAAGCUCAUGCCGAAGCUCAUGGCCCUCCCUCGGAGAUCUUUGCAGCCAGGCCAAUGAGUGUUCGGGCCACUUCCGACGCGCACUGCAUGCUUACGCAGAGGGAUCUCUCGCAGAGGAUGCUUCGCGGCUGGUUGUCAUUUGGCGGCUUUCGACAGUGUUUGCUGCUCUAUGUGCCAGGGACUUCCCUUGCCUCAGGGAACAAGCAGAUAAUUUCAAUAUGGCGCUAGCUGCUUUCAAAGUGUAUUCGCCGAGCUUCGACAGGCACUGGGUAAUCCAGAGGACACUUGCUGUCGUGAAUCUUGGAAUUCAGGUUGUUCACCCUGCUUCAGCGCUGAUUUGCAAGAUCGCUCCUUCAGCAUUGAGGACUGGAGGCUUAGGAUUUUUUGGUUCAACGUUUGGUGCGAGGGGCAGCCGCAAGUGAUUGGUUAAGUUUGACACUGUGC